AUGGUCUCCAACCUUCUUCAGUCUACUCGUGCCUGGGCCAAACCUAGACAUCGAGUUGUGGAUGCCAAAUCCAAUUUGUCUUCCUCCACCUCGCUGGCCUCAAGCCUCACAUCUCAUCCCUUCCAGCCUCCUUCCGCCGAUCCAGUUAUCUCAUCCUUUUCGCCAUCCGGAGAAGAAAUUACAUCUAGCCGCCAAGUAGUUUUCUUAGCCUUUAUAUCUUCUUUGCAACAUACAUGCCAAUUGCCUAGUUUCUCAUCUUAA